AUGGAGUUCCAUCAUCCAGUGCCCACCAAUACUCAAGAGGAAAACAGAAUCAUAGAAAAUCAGUUCACAGAGAGGGUUAUGAGUUUGGAAAAUCACAGCUCCGCAUGCGGCGGUCAACGGACGAGGGGGGAGGCGGGGCGAGAGGGCGACGAGCCCAGCUAUUGGCUGCGGCAGCUGCCCGUCACCGAGAAGCGCUACGGCCCCGACCGCAGACCACGACCAGCCGUUGGGCGCCGGAGCUACGACUUUUCUGGUUUCUUCUCAGCCAGGCUGGUCUGCGGUAGCGCAUUUGCGCGGGACUCAGGGACGCAGCGGCCGAGUCUCCGGACCGGGCGGUCCUGCGGAAUUCGGAGUCCACCGGCCGCCUCGGCGGCGCGCGGACUCCUUGUCCGCCGCGGCGGAGGGGUCGCGGGGUGCCUCGACCGAAUCUCUGGACACGAAACGUUCUUAAUCUACCGAGGCGACGGGCUCGAGCUGACUGGACCUCAGGUGGGACGGGCUCACUCUCCCGCCGCAGCUGACGACUCAGGCGCCGUGGGCUGUCGGGCCCGGCCCUGUCGUGGUGCCAGAGAACCGAAGGCCCUGCCAGUCGAGGGAAGGGAGCUGAGGCAGUUAACUUGGCUGAACACGAACUCUGAACUUUGUCUCUCCUGCAGUUGGCAGCAGGCAUUAGCUAAAGAAGAUAUUGAUGCAGCUAUUCAAUCAAUAUUAUACAGAGAAAAUUAUAUAAUUAAGGUUACCAUCCCACCAUUUCGUGACCCUUUGAAAAAGGCACAAUAUGACAAAGACAAUGGAAAAAGAAUUCUUCUUCAGUGUGAGACUGGCAGAAUAUUUACAAUGAAAGAAUUUAAAGAGGUUGAGAAGGCCAAACUGCAUUCCAGAUUUCCAGGAAUUUCUAAUUCAAGGCACUUUAUGACUCCAAAUGAGUGGCUUAAACUGCCUACAAACUACAUAGAGAGUGAAUUUUGUAAAAGGAGCAGGUUAAAAGUAAAAGUGAAUUUUAACGAAAGUAGUUUUGACUUGAAACCCUCUGCAAAAACUCCUCAUCUUCUGGAAUCCCAGGAAGAAGAAAAAGCAGUUGUUUACAAAUUUUAGCAACCAAGGAGCACACACCCUGAGCCUUGGCUGGUAAAAGAGGACACAAAAGAAGGCUGCUUCAAAGGAAGCCAUCUGCCAGCAGGAAUCAUUCAGGAUGAGGAGCAAGAAAGGCGCUCAAGAAUUGUUCUGUGUCUAAGAAGAGCAUCUGCAAUAAACUUCAUCUUUGA